GAUUUCAUUUAUGUUAAAGUUUUAUAAUAAAUUUAUACCGUUUAAUAGUUUUUCUCCUGAUUCAUACUUUUGUUAAAAAUGGAGAAGACCCUUUCGUUAGAUAUAAGUGGGGAAGUGUUUAGAGUAAGAACUGUUACACUGGACAAUAUUCAAGGAACACUUCUAAAUGAAUUAGACACCGACAUUAAACGUCAUUAUUUCGAAAGAGAUCCACACUUAUUCAGACACAUCCUCAAUGCGUAUAGAUAUGACUUGGUUCAUGUUCCAAGGGAUAUUUGUCCUCUUCUAUUUAAAGAGGAACUUCUAUUUUGGAAGAUUCCGCUGACUUUGGUUGCUCCUUGUUGUUGGAAAUACCUGUAUGAAGUCGAUAGUGACAUAGAAACUGUAAAGAUACUCAUCCAAAAUGAGAAAAUAUUUGAAAAAGAUGAACCGAUUGUAAAAGCUACAGAGAGCAUUAUAAAGACAGUAAAUAUUGCGGAUCAUUCAGAUUUACCCGACAAAGACAAACAAAUGGAAGAGAAAGAUAAAAUAAACAGGCUUUACUCCUUUUGGCAAUUUCUUGACGAACCUGCAUCAUCGCCUGCCGCAAAGAUGUGGUGCUUUUUCUAUAGCGUCGUAGUCUUGGUGAGUGUAAUAGUGUUCAUCGUUUGGAUGGACCCCAGGCUUCGAGUUUCGCAAUACUUGUCCGAUAAUCCUGAAGGACUGGAUGUUUUUGCAAAUGAGACUAUAUACAAAUACCUGGUGGAUACGUACACAGAAAAGGCGGUGUUAAUGACUUUUAGUGAUCCACAUCCUAUCUUAUUUGCUUUGGAUUUGUUUUGCCUGACAUUUUUCAUAAUGGAAACGAUCCUUCACUAUAUCGCCUGUCCAAACAAACUGAAGUAUUUCAAAAACGUUUAUCAUCUGGCAAAGAUCUUAUUAUGUAUCGCUAUGAUUAUCUCUACCGGACUCGAAAUUCGGAAAGACACGUUCUAUUACAACGAUUCCUACGGUUAUGUGUAUUACAUUUGUAAGAGCUUGAACGUGAUCAGACUUCUACUUAUUUUUAGGCUUCAUAGAGUUUACAACAGGCUUCAUGUAAUGAUUUUGUCCCUUACUUAUAGCUGUAAAGAACUUGGACUGCUUUUGUUUUCGUUCUUCGUUGCUGUGAUCGUGUACGGAUGUAUGAUAUUUUCGGCAGAAAUCCAAUCAACAAUGUUUGAAAAUACGUAUAUUUCGUUGUGGUGGUCACUCAUUACCAUGACAACAAUUGGUUACGGAGAUUUUUAUCCGACGACGACGUAUGGUUAUAUAGUAGGCAUGAUUUGCGCAGUGAAUGGAAUUGUUGUUUUGGCCUUACCAAUAGCGGCAAUAGCGGGAACGUUCAGUAACAUGUUCUCGAGAAACGCGGACUAUCAGAGGCAUAAGACUGCAGCAACAAAGCAAAUUGAAUUUAACAAUAAGUCAGAUAUUUCACCCGUAAAAGAUCAAAAUAUUUUGAAAACAAAAGAGAACAUUGAUUUGUGCCCCACUGAUAAUGGUGAUAGCGGUGACGUUAAAUCCAAACAAGUCAAUGAAAGGCAAUUUGAGACAUGCCUUUUGCCGACUAUAAAUUGUUAAAUACCUAGAACAAAAGAAUUGACAUCAGAAUAGUAAUAUUAAUACUCGGAUCAACUAAAAAAUAGACCAAUGUGGACACGUGUUAUUUCGAAUUUAAUGUUUAAAUGGGUGCAUUCACUAGUUCAUUUUACAAGAAAUUUUGAAGUUAGUUGAAAAAGAGACCAUAUUAAAACAUAAGGCUUACACAAGUUAGUAAC